CAACUCACAAGUCUCAAGCUCACUACAUAGCAAGUUGAGACUGUUGAGUGGCUCUCAACUUGCUUUGAAGCUUGAUAUCGUGUCCAGUCAGUGGUCCAGUGUUUACUGUUUACUUUUGUUUGUAGCCAACCAUCAAAUCGCUAUGUAUGAAUCCAAUAACUUUUUUCUAGAUUCUUUUAAAACUUAAAUCAGUUGUACAUUAAUUUCAAUAAAUAUUUAUAAAUGCUUACUAAAAUGAAUAAUUCGUCAGCAUUAAACCUGAUCGCCUUGCAGUGCAUUUCAUUUAAUUGCUAAUGGUUAUUUAAUCUACAAAUUAGUAGUUGGUGCAUUUUUGUUGUAGUUUUUUUUAUUCAUAUCUGCAUAAUCUAGUCGAAGUGGGUCGAUAUGGCUGUUCAACAGAAAUAUAGAAGAGAAGAAGUUAGUGAAGUUAGUUGUUGCCUAAAGUACAUUAUAUUCAGCUUUAAUGUGUUAUUUUGGAUGUUUGGUUUAUCUGUGAUGGCAGUGGGUGUUUGGGCAUGGACAGAAAAAAAUGCAUUUAAUAAUCUCAGUAAACUCACACAUUUAGCACUAGAUCCAGCUUUUGCAUUAAUUUUAAUUGGUGGAAUUACUUUUAUAAUAGGUUUCACUGGUUGUAUUGGAGCAUUGCGUGAAAACACGUGUUUACUUGGAAGUUAUGCAGUUCUCUUAGCUGUAAUUUUGAUACUUGAGUUAACUGCAGGAGUAUUAACAUUUGUUUUUAAAGAUUCCAUUAAAUCGCAAGCCACUGAAGGACUUCAAACAUUCAUUGUUCAUUACAGGGAAGACCCUGAUCAGCAAAAUCUUAUCGAUUGGAUACAAGAAGACUGGUUACAAUGUUGUGGAAUCAAAGGUCCAGAAGAUUGGGAUUUAAACAAUUAUUUUAACUGCUCUUCACAAAAAGUUGGUAGUCGAGAAGCAUGUGGAGUACCUUUUUCUUGUUGCAAACGUAAACUAAAUGAAAUAGUAGAAAACAAACAAUGUGGAUAUGAUGUGAGAAAAGAAGGAUUUUAUGCUGAAAAAUGGACAAGCUUAAAUUUACCAACGCAAACAGGUGAAAGAAAUAUCUAUGAAAGAGGUUGCAUGCGGGCUGCUGAGGAAUGGGUUGAGGAUAAUUUUAUUGGAGUUUUAACAACAGUUAUGACUGUCACCAUAUUACAGACCGACGAUGUCGGAAAACGAGUGGAUCUCAUCAUUAAUGAAAAAGGAUGUUUGCAAUCUGGAGAAGAAUGGUUAGAAAGAAACAUGCUUUUUAUAGCUACUGUUUGUCUUAUAUCAGCAUUUUGUAAGAUUUUAGGCAUAUGCUUUGCUCAAAAUCUACGUGCUGACAUAUUUGCACAAAAAGGCAAGUGGCACUAGAUGGAAUUCAUCUUAAGACAUGAACAAACAAGAUUAUAAAUAUAUAUACUUUUUAAGAGGUUUUUAACCGUGUCAAUAUUUUUUCAUACCUAAAAUAGUGAUAAAAAAGAUUGUAGUCCAACUCUUUAGUGUGAACCGCAAACUUCUAUACUAAUUAGAAGUCUGUGGUGUGAACAUGCUUCCAUGAAUUUUUUAUCUGAUUUUUAGGUUCUUGAUUAAGUUUGAUUGACCAUUUUCAUAACAAAUUAUUAUUAAUACCUUAUUUUACAUCACACUCUCACACAAAACUAAAUUAGAUUAUAGACACCUUUAUUAUUUAAAAAAAAUACUAAUUAUUCAUAUAUAUAUGAAUAUGUAUUUUAUCUUGAACUCUCUUGUAAAAUACACAUGUUAAUGACCGUGAUCAAAUUACCUACAAUGUAAACGCACAGCAAUGAUACUGAAAUUUUUACAAUUCGGUUUCUUUAUCCCUAUAAACAUUUUUCUUGGUUAUCUAUCCUUCUAACUUUUUAACAUUUUUAAAAAUAUAUUUUGUAGUGACCCAAAUUAACUACCCUUUUGUUAUAUCUGUAUUAUUUCUUUAUUUACCAAACUUAGAUCUCUUUUUUGGGGGGAAUUUGUCAUUGUAAUACAAUUUAAUUUUUAAUUUUGCUCAAAAUAUCUUAAAGUAUUAUUUUAUAAAGGUAUGUAAAUUGUAUUAGAUUUGUGCCAAACAAAUUGUAGUAUUAAUAUGCAGUUUAUUUUCAAUGUAUUUUUCUAAGUUAAGUUCCUACUAGUACUACUUACAUAAUCUAAAAUUGAAUGAUGCUUAACUUCACAAGUAUACUAAUUAAUAAUUAUUUAAACACAUGUAUUACUAACUCUACUAAC